AUGGUUGAACAAAUUGAAGAAAAUCCAGAUAUUCCUGUCAAAGCUGUUCAAGAACAAUUUCAAAGAAAGUAUGUUGUUGGUGUAUCCAGGAUGAAGGCUUACAGGGCUAAAACAAAAGCAAGGAAGAUGGUGGAAGGUGAUUACUCAUCACAGUAUGGUCUGUUGAGGGACUAUGUCCUUGAGUUGCAAAGUAAAAAUCCUGGUACCACUGUUAAGAUAGAUCUAGAACCUGGUCAUCCAAGGGAUCUGACUAGACAGUUUAGAAGGAUCUAUGUUUGUUUAGGGGCUUUAAAGCAGGGGUUUAAAGCAUUAGGCAGGGAUUUACUUGGUUUGGAUGGUGCAUUCAUGAAGGGGCCUUAUCCUGGACAACUCUUAAGUGCAGUGGGUGUUGACUCUAAUAAUGGAAUCUAUCCAGUGUGUUAUGCAAUUGUUGAGGCUGAAAAUCUAAGUGCUUGGACAUGGUUCCUAGAUUUGUUAGCUGAUGACCUUGAGAUACCAAGAAACUCGGCCUUUACAUUUAUGAGUGAUAGGCAAAAGGGUCUGCUACCUGCAGUUUCCAAGUUGUUUCCAUUAGCUGAGCACAGAUAUUGUCUCAGACAUAUUCAUGAGAAUAUGAAAGGAAGCUUUAAAGGUAGGGCAUUAAGUGACAUACUACUCAAUAACAUGUGUGAAACCUUCAAUGGCAAGAUACUGGAAGGGAGGGACAAGCCUAUCAUUGCUGCUUUGGAGUAUAUCAGGGAGUACCUAAUGAGGAGGAUUGUGACAGUGUUGAGGGUUAUAGAAAGGACUGAAGGUCUUAUUACACCUUGGGCACAAAAACAACUUCAGACAAUUAAGAAAGAUCAGCCUUUUAUCAUGUGCAGUGGAAUGGAGGGGAUCUGCAUGCCCUGCAGACAUGUAGUGGCUGCAAUAUGGUUCAUGGCUACUAAUGGUCAAAGAGUUGGUGCUUUGGAAAGCUGGUUUGAUCCAGUCUACUCAAUAGGCAGGUGGAAAGAGGUGUAUGCUUUCAAGAUAAACCCUAUAAAUGGCAAAGCUCUAUGGCCGAAGAGUGAAGUUCCUUUCAAGAUAACACCACCAAAACAUCACAAACAAGUGGGUAGGCCAAAGAAGGUUAGGAAGAGGUCAGCCGUGGAGAUGGAGGAUGAAGGAUCAAGCAAGAAAAAGGGCAGGUUAUCAAAGAAGAAUAUGAAGGGUGUAUGUGGAAAAUGUGGGAACACCGGACACAAUCGAAGGACUUGCAAGGGGCAAGGUGAAAAAAGGAAGGACUAG